AAAAAAAAGGAUAAUGAGUGGGGUCGGCUGUACUGGAUUUGCCCCUGCAAAUCAGUGAUUUAAUUUUUAAAUUUUUGAGACUGACAGCGAAACAUCUUGGCGGGAAAUAAAGGAACAUAAUUAGUUGCUUUACGUUUAGUUGAGAGUUGAGAGAGCAAGUUUGAAAAAGGAAUUAGGGUUUCUUCGACACUCAAAGAAAAUGGAAGGUGGCAGUGAAAGCGACGCAGUAUUUGAAUCACUAAAUCUAAAUCCCCGACUUCUCGUCAACGAAGUACUUAACACAGUCGAGAAUUUACUCGAUGAGGCGUUCGAUUACUAUCAUCAAGAAGCUUCGACUCUCGUGAACACCCAAGACACUGAUAGAUCGGAACAUUUAAGUCAGGGAAUUGAUAAAAUUCGCAAUGUGAUACAACAUAAUGUGGGAAUAAGGUUGGGUAUGUGGCAAGAGUUCUGUUCUCGCCACUGUUUUGCACUUCCUCAAGGUUUCUCUUUGCCAAAAAAUUCACUGGAUGAAAGAUUAGCAAGCCAAGAUGUGCUCUGUCAUCCAGAUUUGGAUGCACAAUUGGGGUCCUUGAGAGACAGGCUUAAUCUGAUUGGGAAGGAGACAACUCAGAUGAACCGUGAGCUUCAAGCACUAGAAAGACAGUCUACUUUAAGUGACAGUCGCACUGCACUUGCCAAUGAAGCAUUACAGUUUUAUGAGAAAAGUUUUGUAGAUGACAUGUUUCAAGAGUUGGUCAAAACGGCAUCUGAACUUCGCACAAAAAUAGAGAAGCUUAGGACAAGAAGGAUUGAAGAUUCAGACUGCAGUAGAACAAAAAGGAUUUGUGAUCCAAAAAUAGAUUUGUCCUCACUCAAUCAUGGCCUGUUCAGUGCAAAGUUGGAAGAUCUUCAGGAAUUUGUUGCUGUUUUGAAGAAAUUGUGAACUUCAUAUGUUGAUUGUCAGACGUGCUGUACAAUUGGGAAACCUCCUUCUAAUAUGUCUUCUUUCAUGCAAUCUACUUUGGUUGGCCUGCAAUCUGCAACCUCGUGUGAUUUGAAAAAAGAUUCCAUAAUUAUCUAGUCCAUGUAUGCGCAAAUACAUAUACUACGGUUGUACAUUGAUCAGAAUGUGAUUACCUUGAAUGUAAAACAUUUCUUACGUUGAUCAAAUAUGUGAUUAGUUGUGCUGUUUUUGAA